GGUUAUAAUUUUCAACCUUUCCACCUAAAGGUGAUGUGGAAUGUGGAUUGGGCGAAGGUGCUGUAAAAAAAUCUACGCUGCCGGAUAUCGGUUGUUUUAAUAUAAAACUGCACGUGUUCAUAUAAUUGUUGAAUAAUUGAAAAAAAGAACUCUCGAGGCAGACAAACAAACCAUGUCGUAUUUUGGACGCGUUAUUUGUUUGUUCAAACCGGUAAACAGAACAGCAAUGCUGAAUCUGAGGCUAGCAGGGAGUAACUUGUUUGACAUUCGACUAAAAUCGACCCGGCAAAAAGCUGAAUUAAAGCGGCGUCUAAAGGCCGAACAGAAGGCUAAGGAAAAACAGGAAAAGGAAAGCAACCAAGCGCCGAAGGGUACCACCCCAGCGUCGGGAGCAACGCCAAAGGCUGAAGUUAGCAAGAUAAACGAGGAGGAAAUCUCUCCAAAUGAGUAUUUCAAGCUGCGUAGCGCUGCGGUAGCCGAGCUGAAGAAGGCUCCCGAAAUGCAUCCUUAUCCGCAUAAGUUCCACGUCAGCUGCUCGCUGGAGGCUUUCAUCGAAAAGUACAGCGCGCUCAAGGAUGGAGAUAUGCUGGAACAGGAAGCUCUCUCCGUUGCCGGUAGGAUUCACGCCAUCCGCGAGUCUGGCGGUAAACUGAUAUUUUACGAUUUACGCGGCGAGGGAGUCAAGCUGCAGGUUAUGGCCAACGCAAAGCUAUAUGAGAGCGAAGCUGCCUUUAUCGAGGAUACCGCCCGUUUGCGGCGUGGUGAUAUCGUAGGUAUUCAAGGAUAUCCGGGAAAGACAAAGAAAGGUGAACUGUCAGUAAUACCGAAAAAAUUGAAACUACUGUCGCCCUGUUUACAUAUGCUACCUCACCUUCAUUACGGAUUGAAGGACAAGGAAACACGCUUCCGACAGCGGUACUUGGAUUUGAUCUUGAACCAUCAAGUGCGAGACGUUUUCUAUGUGCGUGCUAAAAUUAUUAGCUACGUGCGACAUUUUCUGGACGGGCUGGGUUUCCUAGAGGUAGAAACGCCGAUGAUGAACAUGAUUGCGGGUGGUGCGACUGCCAAACCCUUCGUCACACAUCACAACGAGCUGAACAUGGAUCUGUUUCUGAGAAUUGCACCGGAGCUGUACUUGAAAAUGCUUACCGUCGGUGGCUUAGAUCGAGUGUACGAAAUUGGUCGACAAUUUCGUAACGAGGGUAUUGAUUUGACACAUAAUCCGGAGUUUACUACGUGCGAAUUCUACAUGGCGUAUGCGGAUUACAACGAUGUCAUGGACCUAACGGAGAAAAUGGUUUCCGGAAUGGUUAAAAGCAUUCAUGGUAGCUACAAGAUAAAAUACCAUCCGAAGGGACCGGAAGAGCAGGAAUAUGAAAUCGAUUUCACUCCUCCCUUCAAACGCAUCUCGAUGAUCAGUUCGCUGGAAGAGAUUCUGAAGGUUAAAUUCCCAGAGGCGAACAAACUCGGCACGCCAGAGGCGAAUAAAUUCUUGAGCGAUUUAUGUACCAAGCACGAGGUGGAAUGUCCACCACCUCGAACGACGGCCCGUUUGCUGGACAAAUUGGUCGGUGAUUUUCUCGAAGAGAAUUGCAUCAACCCUACCUUCAUUUGUGAUCAUCCACAAAUCAUGUCACCGUUGGCUAAGUAUCACCGGUCGGCAUCUGGUUUAACCGAACGAUUUGAGUUGUUCGUUAUGAAGAAGGAAAUUUGCAACGCUUAUACGGAAUUGAACGAUCCGGCAGUUCAACGGGAACGAUUCGAACAACAGGCUGCCGAUAAGGCGGCCGGGGACGACGAGGCUCAGCUUGUCGAUGAAAACUUCUGCACGGCGCUGGAGUACGGUCUGCCUCCUACCGGUGGAUGGGGCUUGGGAAUCGAUCGAUUGACAAUGUUCUUAACGGACAACAACAACAUCAAGGAGGUUUUGCUAUUCCCGGCCAUGAAACCGGACGAUCUCAACCGUAAUCAGGCGGGAACCGCGCCGGAAGCAGCUGCUCUUAGCGUUCCUACCAAGUGAAGGAGAAUCAACUGUACGCUUACGCAUUCAGCAAUAUGUGUAUGACCUAUUUUACGAAUUAUCAAUAAAGUCUUCGAUUAUU